AUGUUCGAUGCCAACUACGAUACCCUCGUCCGGGCCAUACAAAAGAAUGGAUUCACAAAUAUCGGAAUCAUAGUGGGUGAAAUUGGGUGUCAGAGUGAUGGAGAUCGAAACACAAAUAAUCAAUUAGCUCAAUGGUUUAUGCAAGGAUUCUGCGAGAUGCCUUUAAUACAGAGAGAAGGAACGAAUUUUCUUCCACCUGCUCGAAUUUUCAUCGCCAAAACCCUACGUUUUGAUUUGAAAUUCAAACGGGUUUCCAUAAAUGUUGUUCCUUUUUUCAUUAUCAAUCUUAUAUGCAAAGGGUAUUAUGGUAGGAAAGUGCAUAAAGCUAUUAUUGCUUCUGGAGCUAGAUAUUUGGGUCCCACGAUUCAUUUUGUUGAUGAGAACUAUGACACGGAUCAAAUUCUUGUCCAAAGAAUUGUUCCCGUGGUUAUUAAUUACACUGCUGAAGAACUUGCUGCAAGGGUUCUUCGCCAGGAACAUAAAAUGUAUGCUGAGGUGGCAGCUGCAAUAUGUGAAGAACGUGUGAUUUAG